UAUCAUUAGAGGUGUAUAUAAGCCCGGAGAAUUUAGUGAAGAGAUCAGUUAAAUUUGUUGAAAUGAACGGAUUCAUAAUUGUCUGCCUUUUGGGGUGUGCAGUUUUGGCGGCGGCCCAAAAUCCUGAUCAAGGACCACCAAGACCUCCAAUGGGUCCACCACCACCGCCAGGAGGUAUGCCAGGUGGCGGUGGCAGUGGUGGAAUGAGCGGCGGAUUCAGUGCUCAAGCUGGAGGACAAGUCAGUGGACUUGGAGGCGCUGAUUCAAACAACGAACGUCAAAAGCGAAGUGCUUCUGAUAUUGGGGCUGAAAAUUUCUUUGCUGAGAUUGCUGAGAAACUUUUUCCGAAUGGAGUUAUAAACAGAGGUGCAAGAGAGCGCCGCUCUUCACAAGGAUGCCAGGGACCUAAACCAGAACCUCCCAAAUUCACCAAUUUUUGAUUUAGAUUGAUGAUUUCUUAAAUUUUGAAGAAACUUGACCGAUUGUUGUACGAUAUAUUGAUUAUAAUCUAGCAAUGUUGUGUUAUUUUGGUGGCAAUAAAAAUAUAUUUACAAA